AUGCAAACAAAUGACUCAGUGUCAUCUAAUGAUGACUCCCCAUAGAGAUAUAGAAUGCAAAGAAAACCAAGAUUAGCUACCUUACAAGCACCAUCUACUCAUUUAUCUCCUCCAAGAUUAGAAUCAAGUACAAAUUACUCUCUAAACUUUAGCAAAAAGUAUAAUAAUAACUAGCAAAGGCACUCAUUCAAGUCCAAUUUCAGAAAUGAGUUAUCUAUUGAUGAAGAGUAUAUUUAAAUACAAUCAAAUGAUAAGACCUCUUACUCGAAAUUUGCAAGAAAUAAAAGAUUGAUAAAUCAAACUGUAGAUGAAACAAUGAACAACAGUGAUUACAAUAUGGAGAGUAAAAAGAGUUUGGAUGUAUCCAUAAUGAAUGUCCCUCAAUUUUCAAGAAAUAAUCGGUAUGCUCUUCCCAGCAUUGCAAAUGCUUGA